AGCCCAAUUCGACUAUUUUGGAGGGACCCGGUCGAGUGUUUGGAGAGUCUUUUCAGUAAUCCCCUCUUUCUUGACCAACUUGACUUCAUCCCUCGUUGUGUUCAGGAUCAACUGCCCCAAGGCGCAACAAUCCUUGGCACCAUGCUUUCGUCUGACAAGACCAAUGUCAUGAUGAUGACAGGUGCCAGGGUUGCACACCUGCUUCUGCUAGGCCUUGCCAACAUUCGCAUGCGCACUCGUACAAAGCUCUUGUCCAAGGUGUUCAUGCUCAUGACUCUCCUCCCA